ACCUGAGAGCCCCGAGGUUGGUGGUGAGCUGGAACCUCCGCCACAGGCUGGGGGGCGGCAGGGGAGGAGCCAGAGGAAGUGGCGCCUCCGCUGAGAGGCCCAGCGGACCCUGCAAAGCCCCCUCAGCCCCGCUGGCUCCGCCCCCUGCUGCCCCCACCGGGGGAAGUAGAAAUACAGGAGCUGCUCCAGCUUCCACUGUCACCGCCACUGCCACCACCCACUGCGCUUGGACCCAGCACCUGCCCUCGCUCCGUGCCAAUGGCUGACGGGCUCUUCCAGCGCAGACCCUGGGGCGCGGAGCGGAUGCGCUCAGACUCUGACCCGGAGUCCGAAGGCCUCUUUGACAAACCUCCGCCCGAAGAGCUGCCCACUGCCCGCGCGCCCAAGUCCGGGUCGGCCGUGGGCAGGAGGGGGGCUCGGCGAGCGAGCGGGAAGGCGCAGGGGACGCGCGCGGGGCAGUCUCUGAGGGCUGCGGUGCGCCCCCAACUCAAGGAGGAGGUGCCUGCCCUGGAGGAGGGCUGCUACCUCGACCAUUUCCCGCACCUCUCCAUCUUCAUCUACGCCGCCAUCGCCUUCUCCAUCACCUCCUGCCUCUUCACCUAUAUCCACCUGCAGCUGGCCUGAGUGGCAGCAGGCUUUGCUACAGCUGCCAGACGGAUCCCAGAGCUGUAGCCAUGGACGGAUCUGAGAGCUAUAGUUAUGAGGGCUGUUCUACCAGGACGCCACGCUUCGGGGCGCAUCUGGGACUUCGUGGGACCCGCAGCUGUGGAAUUCGCAGGAUGCAGGAUCAGAGCUGGGCCUGUCCUGCGGAAUGAGACUCUGGGGGGGCUCUGGAUGGGGUUCACGGAAGGACGUCCUAGGGGACUGGGACUUUUUGAGAGAUUCGUCAGUGACCAGAGCUCUGGCUGAG